AUGAUACGAGCACCUUUCCGCCUGCAGACUUCGCAGCUCGCCCGCCGGCCAGCGGUUGCUACAUCGCAGGUUUCGAAGCAGCGAUACUGGGAGACAUCCUCCGACAAGCAAAACACAGUUCAAGGGCCUUCGGCCGUGCAUCCGCUGCCGCUACCGCCAGACACGCCCAUAUUGCUCCUAAAGACCAAGGCCGUCCCCGACGCUCCCACCUGGCUUACCUCGGCUCCGGACAAGUUCCUCGAGUACCUGCGCUCCCCCAACGCGGCGCCGGUGAUUAUUCGAGCCCGCAAAGAUAAGGACGACCAUCUCGCGGAGACUCUCCUCUGUACCCUUCGCGCCGCCCCCAGCGAGCGUCUCGUCGAGGUGGAGACAGGCAAGUGGGAUAGGAAGCACGGGUGGGAUGACCGCAUCUCGUGCCAGCUCGGGGUGUUCCUCGACUGGCUGACGGACCAACGCAAGCUGAGCGCCAACGAAGAGCAGCGGAUGCUGUAUCUUGCGCAAUGGAGGGCGCAUGAAGAUGUUCCUGGACUGCAGGACGUCGUGAAGCCACCAGGGCUGAUCGUACCGCUCCUGCAACAGGAGAAGGCGGAUCUGUAUCAGUCUGCGUUCUUUGUGGGGCCGGUAGGCGUGGUCAGUGCUCUGCACACUGAUCCGUACCACAACCUCUACAACCUCUUCUCUUCCUCGGAGCCGUCUCUCUUCGGCAAACACUUCGUGUUACUUCCUCCCUCGAUGUCGCCAUUCCUCGAGAGAAAGGACAGCGAAUUCAUGCGUAACACGUCUCACGUGGAAUGCUUCCUUAAGGCCACCAGUUCCGACACGUUCGACGUCGCAAUCGAUCCAGAUAUGGUGCCCGCGAAGGCGGCCCGGGCAAUGCUUGCUUCAGACAGCGUCCUAAGCUGCAUGCUGCAGGAAGGCGACACAAUCUUCGUGCCCCGCAGGUGGUGGCACCGCGUGGAGAACGUCAUGGCACCCAGCGCUGCUCGACAUGGAAAGAAAAGAGGCUGGACCGCGGGCGUGGGCUGGUGGUUCCUACCGCGGUCUUCUUGA